UUAAUAGUACUGUCAUGCACAUCGAUCAGUCAGUCUAGCCAAUAUUGUUGAGAGCAAACCACCAAAGCAAUUCAAACAGUGCGAGUCAAACUUAAUCAAAAUAUCUAGCAGUGUGUCAUUCAAAUAAUAUCUUUUAUUGAAAAAAAAAAACCACGAAUAUUUUAAUUAUGAAUUUUCUAUAAAUAAGCAAAUAUUGAUAAUCGUAAUUGAAAAAUACCAUCAAAUAAAAUUUAUCUCAAAGCAACACACAAACCCACAAAAUUUUAAAUCAACGAAAUAAAAAUCUAAAACAAAUAAGUAAUAAUAAAAUAAAACAACAAUGACGACAUCACUCAUUCGAGCAGUUCUUACAUUGGGACUUAUCUCAUCUACUCUUCACUGCACAAUGGCUGGAACAAUUGCACCAUCGACAAGGGCUAGCCGCAAUCUUUUUGCGGCAGAUCUCUUUGGAGUUAUAAGUCUAAAACAGUUAUACGAAAAUGUGGUCUAUUCUCCGGCUUCCAUACAAACCUGCUUGGCUUUGGCCUCUUUAGGUGCUGAAGCUGAGACAGCCAAGGAAUUGCGCCAAGUUUUGUACCUCGGUGAGGGUGAAAAACGACAGGUAGCUGAGAAUUAUGGAGAUUUCUUAAGGGUUGUUUUCAAAAAUCCCAAAGCAAAUGGUCCCAUAUUGAAAAUGGCAAAUCGUCUGUAUGUAAAUCAAAAUCUGAAAAUCAAUGAUGACUUCAAUAAAAUCGCCAAUGAAUUCUUUGAUGCCAAAGCUGAGAAUGUAAAUUUCGAAAAUGCCCGCGAUGCCGUGAACAACAUUAACAGCUGGGUGGAACAACAAACGGAGCAUAAAAUCAAAAAUCUGCUAACACCUCAGUCGGUGGAUGGUGACACCAGUUCUGUUUUGGUUAAUGCCAUUUACUUCAAAGCCAAAUGGAGGAACCCCUUCAGUGUGACCUCCACCGCCAAGAACAAUUUCAAAAUUAACUCCAAGCAACAAGUGCAGGUCGAUAUGAUGUAUCAGGAUGACAAAUUUAAGUAUGCCGAUUUGCCCGAAUACAAUGCAAAAGCUUUGGAGAUGCCUUAUGAGAAUUCUGAUUUGUCAAUGCUCCUCAUCUUGCCCAACGAAGUAGAGGGUUUGGCUCAAUUGGAAAGUCAGCUGAAGGGUAAAGAUUUAAAUGAGAUUGCCUCGAAAUUGACGCAAGCCGAUGUGGAUGUAUUUCUGCCCAAAUUCCGCAUUGAAUUUGACAUUGAUUUAAAGGAACCCUUGAAAAAGAUGGGAUUAACAACCAUGUUCUCAAAUUCAGCAAACUUCAGAGGCCUAUUUGCUGAUGGCUCCGUUGCGCAAAAGAUCUCAGAUGUCAAACAUAAGGCCUUUUUAGAUGUCAAUGAAGCUGGCUCCGAGGCAGCAGCAGCUACAUAUCUCAAAAUCGUUCCCAUGAGCUUGAAUAUGGAUCAAAAGAAUUUCCGUGCUGAUCAUCCCUUUGUCUUUGCCAUUCGGAGUCCCACAGCUGUUUACUUUGCUGGGCAUUUGGCAAAAUUUUAAUAAGACAUUUCAAAUAUUUCCCACACUCUUUAGAUACUAAGGGGCGUACUUAUAAAUAUGAAAAGAAAGAAAA